AUGGCUUCUCAAGUACAGAGCAGCGAUGUUAACGGUGGGGCCAAGUCCCUUGCGGCCAUGCUGGAGGAGGAGCAUGCCCGCAAUGAGGCGCAUAAGGUGACGGUGGAGGAUACCGUGGACGAAGAGGAUCUGCUGCAUCCCCCUCCAUCAUUGGGAAAGGACCAGCAGACUGUUCCCGCCCAACCCGCAGCUGCAGUCGAGGAAGCAGUCGCCGCUACACCCUCGACUUCCAAUGCGGCUCCUAAAAGGUCGCCUGCUUUUGAUGUCCGCUCCGAGGAGCUGUUCCCCGCCUUGGGAAGUGGCCCUAAGCCCAGGGCACCUGCUGCAGCCACUUGGGGUGCCAGGCCCUCUGCCGCUGCUGCUCUUGCCAACGGUGCCGCUGGACGCCCACAAGCGACAGCGAGCGAUGUCCCUAGAAUCAUGAGUCUUCCCGGCAAGCACAUGGAGCAGCUUCGUUUAGCGCCCUCUCAGAUGAUGCCGCGAGCACAGCUCAAGAAGCCUCUCAAGGAUAUCCUCCGCGACAUCUCCAGGCGCUCAAAGGCCACUGUCGAUAUGCGGGGUGGCCCUGGAGGCUCGAUCAUCUUUGAGGGCAAAGGCUCGGUCGAGUCCGUAAGACAGGCUCUCAAGGAGGUUGCACAGCAAGUAGGAUCCAAGCAAUCGGUCCGCAUUCCCAUCCCAACAUCCGCCCGCGCCCACAUUAUCGGCCGGCAAGGUGCAAUUGUGCAAGACAUUCAACAACGGACGGGUGCGCGCGUCCAAGUGCCCCGCGCCGAUGACUCGGCCGCAAAGGAUGACGAAGACGACAACGACACGAUAGACGUCCUGAUCGAGGGUGACGCCGUUGCGGCAGAGAUGGCACGCCGGGAAAUUGAAGCUAUCGUCAAGGAGCGGGCCUCCAACAUGAGCCUGCGACUCAAGUCGAUUCCAGCCGAAUUUUUCCCCUUCAUUGCGGGUGCGCAUAAUGCGAACCUGAAAGCUAUCGAGGAACGUACCAAGGCUCAAGUGCAUGUGCCUCGGUAUGAUACAUGGCAGAGCCAGCCUCCCCCGCAGGAGGCUGAGCCCGGACGAGUGCAGUUUGUCCCAGCUUCUGAUAAGCACAUUCAGAUCACUGGAGAGCGCACUGCUGCACAGGAAGCUCGCGCCGAAAUCGAGAGGCUUGCCGCCGAUCUGCAGAGGCGACUAACCCUUCGGCAGUUGGCCAUCAACCGCGGGCAGCACCAGUUCAUCCUCGGGGACGGAGCCAAUGCUCUUCAUGACUUCCUUGCUGAUACCGGCUGUGCUAUUGUGCUACCACCGGCAUCCGAUGACAGUGAAUUUCUCACUAUCACUGGACCGCAGGACUGCAUCGAGGCUGGUAUCAAUCGUGCAAUGGAGCUUGCUACGAGCAUGCAAAUGGCCAGCAUUGACUUGUCCCGUCAGCAUCCCAACGCUCCUGCCGGACCUCAUGCACACGCACGUGCCCUCACCCGGUACCUUCAGCAACGACAGAUCAUUCGGCAAUUGGAGCAGAUGUACGAUGCUCGUAUUGCACUCCCGCCUAGCGCUGACGGCCCUGUGACCUGGGAGGUUUACUCGCGGGACGGCAAGAAUACUAUCCGUGCACGGUCUGACAUCAUGAACUUGGUCCAGGCUCACCCUCCUGCAAGGCUUCGCUAUGUCUCUGUCGAUCCUUAUUACCACCCGUAUCUUGAGUCCCAUGGUCUCGGCAAGCUCCGGAACGAUUACGGUGUCCAUCUCCUCGUUCCGGAUGAGCUGGAUAGCUCCGAUGUUGUUCUCGUCUAUGAGGGACCGUCCGCCGCCAACUCGCUGCCCGAAAUCCCGCGCCAGAGGCCAUCCCCGGCCGAGGUAGCUGCCUUUGAAAAGUCCCUGCAGGAAGCACAGGAUUUCCUUACGCAGCUGCUGGGAGACCAGAAUGAUAUCGUUGCUAAGUCCGUUAAGGUUCCUGCUAAGUACCAGGAGAAGGUACGCAAAUUCAUCGCCCGCGAACAGCAGGCAAAGGGUGAUGACCAGAUUCCUGUCCGUGCUCUCGUUGGAGAUGCUCGUAAUGAUAAGUGUGACGUAUCUCUGCGCGGUCCAUCCCGUCAAGUGGAUGAGUUGGUGUCAAAGCUGCAGGACUUCGUAGUGGGGCAGGAGAAAGAUGACCUCGAAAGAGGCUACACAAUCUCGUUCGACUUCCCUCAGAAGUUCGCAAACUUCCUUAUUGGCAAGCGAGGCGAGAACAUCAACAAACUUCGCGAGGAAUUCGAUGUUGACAUCAAGGUUGACAACGGCAAAGUCGAAGUCAAAGGACCCAAGGCUAAAGCGGAUGCUGCCAAAGCCCGCAUCAUCAAUCUGGGAAAGAAACUGGAAGAUGAGACAACUCACGUUCUGAAGAUCCCCGCACAGUACCACCGCGAACUUAUCGGCCAGAAGGGAAGCCAGGUCAACAGACUGCAGGACCGCUACUCUGUCCGCGUUCAAUUCCCAAGGGCGGCGGUUGCAACACCUAGCUUCGACGAUCAAUCCGUGGCAGACACUUCUAGCGAAGUCGGCGGCUCUCGUCCUAUCCGUCCCAACCAGGCCCCUGAUGAAGUCAUCGUCAAGGGUCCGAGCAAGGGUGCGGAUGCCGCCAGAGAUGAGAUUUUGAGUCUGUUGCAGUGGGUCAUUGACCACUCUCACUCGGCUACAGUAUCUGUCGCUCAAAGUCAGAUCCCAUCUCUGAUCGGCCAGCGUGGCCGUGAGAUGGACAAGCUUCGCGCUGAUACCGGGGCGCAAAUCGACGUUCCGGGAGCUAAUGACGCGCCCGACGCUUCGGGUCGUGUGCAGAUAAAGAUCAAGGGCACAAAGCAGCAGGUCGAGGAAGCAAAGAAGAUUCUGCUGCAGCGUUCCAGCGAAUUCGACGCUAUUGUCACCAAGACGAUUGAUGUUGACAAGAAGCAUCACAAGGCUUUGAUCGGCGGUGGCGGUGCGAACAUUCGCAAGAUCGUUACCGAAGCCGGUGGUCCUUCCGACGGAAGUGCGUCGCGCAUUGUCAGGUUCCCCCGGCCCGAUAGCAGUGAAUCCACUAUCAAGUUGGAAGGAAAUGGCAAGGUCGUUGAGAAUAUCAUUGCUGCUAUCGAAGCUUUCGUAAAGGAACGCGAAGACCAGGUGACGGUCACUGUCGACAUUCCUCCUGCACAGCACAGACUGCUCAUCGGCCGCGGAGGCGAGACCAGACGCGGUAUUGAAUCGCAAUUUAAUGUCACCCUGGACAUUCCCAAACAAGGCUCUGGACGGUCCGAUAUCAAGCUGAAGGGCCCAAGCAACGCUGUCGAGGGUGCAAAGGAGCAUAUUCUUGCCAUGCUGAAGGAUCAGCAGGGUGAAACAGUCGAAGUUCCUCGGCAUCUGCACCACGCUAUUGCAGACAAUGGCGCCUUUUUCCGACGCCUCCGCAAUGAUUACCGAGUUACUGUUGACCACGCUGGCCAGCAAGUGCCACCCAAACCGGCUUCCGAGGAGUCCCGCGCCACGACCAACGGGGCGUCAUCCCUUCCAUUGAUCACUGAUGAGCCCAGCGACUCUGUGGAGGCUCACUCUUGGAAGAUUGUCGAUCACAGCGCUGCCGCCCCAGACCCAACGCAACCCGCGACCAUCCCAUGGGUGCUUAUUGGAAGUAGCGACAAUGUGGCCAGAGCCAAGUCAGCCUUGGAGAAAGCCAUUGCUUCUGCAUCCCAGCAGACUGCGACUGGCUAUCUGAUUCUGCCCGAUCCCAAGACAUACCGUUUCGUUAUUGGCCAGGGCGGAAGCCAGAUCAAUGCUAUCCGCAAACAGACGGGAUGCCGGAUCAACGUGCCCAAGGACCAGGCUCGCGGUGAGGCGAUUGAAAUCAAGGGCAGCAAAGAGGGACUGGAGAAAGCAAAGGAGAUGAUCCUUGACGCCGUCCGCGCUGGCCUCAACGGCGGCUCCAGAUGA